AUGCACUUCUCCACCACUCUCAUCGCCCUCACGGCCGCUCUGGGUAGCGUGUCCGCCGCUCCCUCUGCUCACGCACACCUCCACGCUCGCAAGCACCUCGAGAACCGCAACAUCGAGUUCAAGAAGGCUGGCCGUCCCCACGAGGAGCCAACCCCUUCUCCCGAGCCCGUGCCGACCACCACUGCCGUCGCCGCCCCUACCCAGGUCAAGAUCGCUGCCGCUGCCUCUUCCUCUGCCGCGCCCUCCUCUGGCAACGCCGAGGCCAAGCCCUUCUGCAACGGCAAGGGCAAGCGCGCCACCCUCGACCAGAUCAUGUACGCCGGCAACGUUGGUACCGCCGACAACUGGGGCUGCAACAUGCAGAUCAUUGACAAGGCCGCCGUCGACAAGUACGACUACACCACCAAGUUCGCCUCGACUGGCGAGAAGUUCUCGUGCUCCUGCUUCAACAAGGUCGGCCCCAAGGGCCUCCUCGACGGGUUCUGGUUCUCCGCCGUCGACUUCACCGUCGCCGACCCCGGCAAGGACGACGUCUACAUGGCUUUCGACACCAACUCCCAGGGCGGUUGCGCCUGUGGCCCCGGUGACAAGGCUCCUCGCACCUCCAUCGGCCAGCUUGCUGGCGUCUGGCUCGAGUUCGACUGGGGCAGCGAGCCCAACGGCGGCAACUCUGGCGCUGACGCCUCCGUUCUCGUUGCCGGCGCCGCCAGCCUCCCCUACCCCGGCAUGUCCGUCUCCGCCAACGGCAAGGUCUGCUCGUGGGUCAAGUCUGACGGCACCAACGAGGCCGCCUACAUGCCCGGCAUGGAGGAUCUCGACGGUAUCGGCUGCAAGGGCUACUACAAGGGCCACCUUGACGUCCUCAUCGGCGACAAGUUCAACCACUAG